AUGGCUCUUGGUUUCGUCGAUGCUAUCGGAUUACUCGGUACGGGCUUGGGUAUCAUCCAAUUUGGUCUGGACAACUUUGUCCCUGACCAGGAAGAUGCCAAAGGCACUAUCGUCGGAAUCAAAGGCGGCGAUGGCUCAGGCGCCUCAGACACUCUGGGUGGCGAGAUUUCCAAAGUCUAUGCAUACAACUCCCAGAACGUGCAGCUCGGCUCGGCAGGGGGUCAAACCAUGGCUGGAAAUGCUGACUACCUGACUUUCACGGUCGAUCAAGACGUCCCUGGUGCCCAAGGCCAGUACAUCGGAAUCCAGAACGGCAACGAUGCUACUUGUAUCUCUUGGAUCACUGUCAAGAUGUUCGAUAACUCCCUUGGCGGUGCUUGGACCGGAGACAUUGGGCGUUUCUGCGGUCAGACUUGGUUCGAGAGUCAGGAAGUUGCAGGGCAACUCGAUGAUGGAACCGUUUACCGUCCUUCUUGCACCUGGCUUGAUGGGAACCACGAUAACGACAUUCCAAGCGCUUCUCUCAAGUUCGCAACUUACGCAUAUGGCAAUGAUACCAGCCAUAUCACUCUCGAUCAAGAUGCUUGCGGCUCCACCAUCUUUGCGGCUGAUGAAGGUGAAAUCACUGAUGCACCUGCAGACCCUAGCAUGGCUAAGAGAAGCAACCUGAUCCCUCGCGCUCGCCUUCCAUGGAUGGAAAAAAAGCUCAUCAUUUCCAACAUCGCCUCUCACAGCGCAACCAACCUCUGCAACUCGGAGACCAGUUGGGGACCUGAUUUCGCCUCUUCAUCUGAUGGAAAGCUUUGUGACAUGGCAACCAAAACUCUUUACACCCUUUGCUCCAAGGAACAGAUCGAUGGCUGCGUCGAAGUUGAUACCAAGCCCGUCAACGAUGCUGCGCAUACCGCAUCCGUGGCUACACAGAAACUCUCCGUGGCAAAGCGUACUGUAUCAGGACCACUCAAGUCCUACGAGGAAACUGCUGUCUGGGCUGGCGACAACUAA